CGAAAGAACAAAAUUGAAGUUUUAGCUUACUAUGAUGUGGAUUCGUCUUUCGAAGACAAAGAAGCACAUUUGAACUUCCAAGUUGUCACUCAUUCUCACUAUUCCUAUGAUUCGAAUGCGGUUUCUGUCGGGAAGAAUAAGUGGAAUCAUGGCAUUUAGGAAUCACCAUUUUGAUGACGGAAGAAUUCCAAGUUGGCUGAAAGAGCAUUGCUUACGACUAAAGGAUGAGGGAAUGAAUCUGCGUAAUCUUAACCUAAAUAUACGACGUCUUAACCUACCAAGCAUUCUUGCAUUGUCCGAGGCUCUCAGAGACAACAAAACGAUAGAAACAGUAAACCUAACGACUUCGUUAUCAAAUACUCAGAAUGACCAGGACGCUAAUCGGAUACUGAUGCCAUUCGCAUAUGCCCUUCGUCACCACGUUUCCUUAAAGACUGUUCAUCUCUCCUAUAACCAGCUCACGAAUGCCACAUCUUUAGGAACUAGCCUCGAAAUGAAUCAAUCAUCGCUUACGGAGCUCCAUCUGGAUCAUAAUCGAUUGAAUAACGAGACGGCAUUUGCCCUGGCACGCGCUUUGCAACGUAACGACAAAUUAUCUGUUUUACAGCUCAACUCCAAUAACUURGGUGACGAGGGAGGAGAGAUGAUUGCCAAAGCUUUGAGGUACAACAGUACUCUAAAAUCCUUGGGUUUGGCGCGAAACUCUUUAGAGUCGAAGACGGCCAGUGCCUUAUUCGAAACACUAGACUUCUACGGAAAUGUCAGUCUUGUACAUCUCUCUUUGAACGACAACCCCGRCUUUCCCUUGUUAUCGAAAGCUACUAUUAUGUACCUAGUGCGAGCUAAUCGUGCUGGGAGAUAUCUCCUUCGAGAUAACUACACCAAGAGCAGUGAUAUUGAUAGCUAUGAUACAGCCGAUGUAUAUGRUGACAGUGCRAACAAUGGUCUUUCGCGAUCUGUGGAAGGCAAGAAAGUGGAUCUUGGUUGCUUUGGCAAGCACAAGAAUAGAGACUUUGUUGGGAUUAAGAGAGAUUACAGGCGAGGACUAUGGCCACUAGUUCUAGAAGGUUUGGAACCCAAUAUGAUGUAUUUCUUCGUGCGAGAGAACCCGAACUUGAUGCACUUCGAAUUGAAGGAAAAACUAUCAUAAAAAACAGCUGAAGAAAAAAUAACGACUAAAACUCAGU